GAAUAGUAGCUACGCGACUGUAAACAACGGUUUUCCGGUAUUAGAAUAACCAACUGCAGUCAAAUAUUACAGAAAACUCCAGCAAUGAAUAGCAAGAUGAUAUCAUGCAAUGGAUCAUAUAUAUUUCAAGGAGUGGAAUGAGAUGAAUUGAACUAAUUGUACAUUUGAAUGUGAGCUGGAAUGGAGAGUAGUAGAGACGGCAGCACCACCCCCAAUUCAAUGGUGGUCCUCGAGCGGGGAGCUGGCGGUAUUUCCACCGUGGUUAGCCCAUCGACGACCAGCAGGCCUCCAUCAGGAAGACGAUCAAGGAACAUGACUCCCAUACAGAGAUCAGGAAGCCAGCUAGAGAUGUUACCACCAGAUGAUGAGCCAUCCAAAGAUCGACCUGGAUCUAGGACUUCCAGUCGCACAAGUCAUCGGCCGUCUAGUUCCUCAGAGAAAAGUCCUCGUCAGACACAGAGUGCUGGGUCAUCAGGUCGGAGGUCACGCCAAGGUCACGAGGAACAUGAUGCUGGAUUCAAUAGGGCUAACAGUUAUGAUGGUCUUGCUUCGCCUCCACCAGGGGAAUCUAGACCAGGUAGUACGAUUCACAAACAGGUUUCUUUGACCACUGUCAAGAGAAACUAUGAAACGCAUGGAAUUCCAAAGAAUGAAAAUUGGGACUUUGUGCCAGAAGCCAUCACCAGACAAACACCCUUAACAAAUGGAACAAGCCAUACACAUGUAGACAGAAACAAGACUGUAGGAGCCACUAGUGGACACACCCACAAAGAUGAGGGGGUGGUGGGAGUGGGCAUUGAUGGAGGAAACGGAGAUGGGGUUAAUGUGUUGUCAGAGAAGGAACGUACAGAGGAGAGAUUGAAUUAUCUGAUGGAGCAGUUGAGAAUAAAGGAUAAAGAGAUCAAACAACAUGAAGAAAGGAGAAAGACAAGUAGUGCAGCUAAGAAAAAAGUUGCAGAUUCUUUAGUAAAGAAUAGAGAAGACCCUUCCACUGUCACUGACUCAUACUAUGUUUCAACAGGUAAUCAACCAGAAUUAAAUCUAGUUAAAGAGCCUGCUCUGAGUAUGGGAGCUACUGCUGGACCUCCACCAUUCCUUGAGGAUAGAAAAGAAGAUAAGGCUGAUAAUACUGAAGUAGCUGGUGAUGAGGAGGAUGAUGAUGAGGAGGAGGAUGACGAGGAAGAGGAAGGACCUACUGCUCCAAUUGAACUCAUGGGAGAAUUCUUAGAUUCUGUGAUGGAAGAAGACUAUGAAACUGCAGAUAAGCUGUGUAAAAUGAUUCUUAUAUAUGAGCCUGAAAAUGCUGAAUGUCUGCAAUUCAAGCCACUAAUUGAAGAGAUGCUGAAAAGAUUGUGGCAUUAUCAGCUGUAUGGAAGCAGCAGUGAAGACGAGAGCGGAGAUGAUGAUGAAGAAUAUGAUGAUGAAGAAGAUGAUGAAGAAGAUGAAGAUGAUGAAGAUGAUGAGGAUGAUGAGGAUGAUGACAGUGAUGAUGACUCGGAAAGUGACAGUUCUGAGGAGAGUGAGGAUGAGGAGGAGGAGACAAAAGGAAAGACUGAUUCUAAAUCUGUGGUUUACCCAAAUACUUCAGAUACUUCCAAAUCAGAUGCCAUCCACUGAUAAAUGACUAUGAUGGUGUGCUUCAACAAUGUUGCUAAUAUGAUUGUUUGUCUUCACGGUAUAGAAUCAUAAAUGAUCUACAACAAUGAGCCAGUGAUUCACUUACCGUUACAUAUGAUGGCAAAUAUCGCUUGUUACAGAGCGCCAUUGCCUUUCUUGAUUCCUAAUUACUGACUUUUAUGCAAAGGAGCCAUCAAAACUUAUCAGCUAAAAAGGCACAUUUAUAAACUUAAACAUUCCUUUGCCUUUCUGGAGUAUUUUGAGAAGGAAUUGCAUUUUUCUAUAAUUGAUCUUCAAAGGACUCUGCAGUUUAUCUCCAUUGUGUGUAAUCAUAAAUGACCUUCAGUUGGUAAUGGUUACAUCAGCUGUCAACAGUAAAUGCAUAUCUUGAUGCCUAUAUAUACUGACUUCCAUUCAAAGGAAUCACUAGAACUAUAUCAACUACAAAGGUGUGUCCAUCAUCUUAUCAGCAGCUUUGCCCUUUUUUCAGUAUGUAAAAAGAGGUUUAAGGCACUUGAAUGUUAUUCUGUUGUUAAUCUUCAAAGGACUAUGCACCUUAUUUCCAUUGUGUGGAAUCAUAAACGAAUUACAGUGACUAGGCAGUGAUUCACUGGUGUAUAAUGGUUACAUUGGUUGUUAAUGCUAUUGCAUAUCUUGAUGCCUAUUUAUACUGA